AUGGCGCCCAAUAAGAAAAAUGCUGUGCCUGCUGUCAGCGUCAAGGCUGAGAAGGAGGCUGACUUGGUGAUGGAGACAAACAAUAGCAGCAUUGUGUCAAAACGAAGCGUCGAGAUGCUCUACUACCCCAAGCCCCAUUUCUUUCACUACUUCGUCAAGAAACCCCAACGACGGUCACCGAUCAUCAACCGGGGAUAUUGGUUGCGCAUGUACGCCAUGGCCGAAUCCGUGCGCCGCUUCAUGCGUGAACCAUCAGAUAAGCCAAAAUUUGUCUUGAACCUUGGAUGUGGAUUUGAUCCGCUUCCCUUUAUGAUGCUCAGCGCCGAAAAGUCCCUGUGUAGAGACACGAUGUUCGUGGAUAUCGACUAUGAGAAGCUCAUGGUCAAUAAGAAGACGGCAAUUCAACGGACCAGCGAGAUUUCAGACCUGCUCGACAAUGUAGAGUUCUUUCCAGAUGACAAAGCCAUUCAAAUUCACAGCGACCACUAUCUGGCGAUAGGCUGCGAUCUGAAGAAUGUCAAGAAGCUGGACGAGACAUUGCGCAAUGAGGUGCUUCCUGCUGACUGUUCGGUUCUAUAUCUGGCUGAAGUUUCUCUCACAUAUAUGGAUGUCGACUCUGCCAAUGCGGUCGUCAACUGGGCCUCUAAGCUAAGUGCUGACGCCCAAUUUUGCAUUCUGGAGCAGUUCUUCCCCGAUGGACCAGAGCAUCCCUUCGCAUCGAAGAUGAUGAAGCACUUCAACAAAGUUGGAGCGCCAUUGCACUCUAUUCACGAAUAUCCCUCGCUACGCGAACAAGAACAGCGGUUCAAAAAUGCCGGUUGGACGCAAGCGCAGGCCAGAAGUCUAUGGGACCUAUGGUCAGACGAUGACUUCUUGAGUAGUUCAAUCAGGGCCUCGCUACACAAGGUCGAGUCGUUUGACGAAUGGGAAGAGCUCGCGCUCUACGCAUCACACUACUUUCUCCUACACGCUUCCACAAGAAAACCAAUCUCGAAUCACGAUCCUGAAUAUGAGGACACCUACCCGUGCGUGUCUCCUGACUUCACGCUACUUUCUCAAUGUCCACAAGAAAGUGACCAGCGAAGAUAUGGCGCAAUCGUUCCGGACACUGACUUUUCCCUCGGCCAUCAUGGGGGACUAGGACGCCAGGCGCGACUAACAUCGACGAGUCUGUACGGGAAGUCCAAAACGGUUACCGGAUCUAGCCAGCCUUUCCCACCAAGUGUUAUCCCCGCACGAAUGUGUCAUACAGCGACAUCUCUAGCCGGUGAUGACAGUCUGCUGGCGGGAGGUAGAGCCUCGCCAGCGGCUGCUUUUCAAGAUUGCUGGCUGAGGAAGGGAGGACAAUGGAAACCGACUCAUAGCCUUCCAGAGCCUCGCUUUAGACACUCCGCGGUGAAGGUGACUCUACCAGAUAACUCGGAGGGCGUGCUAAUCUACGGAGGAAAAACCAGCGAUGGUCAAAUAUUGGACUCAUGGAUUUUGUGGAGCGAGAAUGGAAACGGCUGGCAAACAGUCGAAAUACUCGGCAACAAGCCCCCUGCUCGAUUUGGGGGGUGCCUGGAAUUCCUUGAGAGCCAGAUGAACAAGGGGAUCAUCGAAGGCCGCUCAGAGACAGGCGUUCUCUUCGGGGGAAUUGGAAAAAGCAACACUAUUAUAGAGGACAUAUGGACAUGGACCUUCCAUCAACAGAAAGAUGGAAAAUAUACACUGCAUUUCUAUGACCUGACCUACGUCCUGCAAGACGAGCCUCUGCUCAAAUACACAACCCGCUUUGGAGCCACCGCGAAUCGCACCCUGUGGGGACUCGUUGUCGCCGGAGGCAUCAUGCCUCGCCAGAUAGUGCCUACGGACAAAGAGAUACUGCUUCUUGACUUCAAAGAGCUUCUCAAACGCGUGAAUUCAGGAUUCGAUUGGGAUGGCAAUUUCAUCUUCGAAAUAGGGCUUGGGAAGGACUUUGACGGACCGCGUCCGCUUUUGACUGGUCACGCCGCUCAUGCUGUUAGUCCAGACCAGCUCAUUAUUCUGGGUGGUGGCGCGGUGUGCUUCGCAUUCGGGACGUUCUGGACGGAAGGGACCCUGGUUUUGAAGCGGACGGAGUCUGCCGUUGAGAAUGACUGGACGGUGGUUUCCGAAAGCGCGCAGCUGACCAAAAAUUCUAUGGUCCAGAAGGACAGAGAAACCAGUUAA